GAAGGCGUGCGCGUCUGCGAGUGAGUGUGAAAGUGCUGGUGCUGCCAAUGGCUUCAGUGGUAGUCUUAUCUCGUACAACCACACUACGUGCGUUAAUUCCUUGUUGAAAAUUGUGCGUCUUCGAAUUUGCUCCCGACGAGACUGUGAGCAUGCACUGAAGUCUUCAGGGCCGACGAUGGAGGUGGACAGCUCAUCGGAGGAGGCAUCGGCCCCUCCAACAAACCUUCAGCCUCAAACUAAGUUGAAACGGAGCUCCUCGGCGCCUUUGCUCAUCACUCCCGCUCUGGGAGCUCUGUGGUCCCCCGCGAGCACUUCGAGGCCGAGUAGUCCCGUUCCUCUCGCGGGCUUUCAGGGAGCUCACUUUAGGGAAGGUCUCCGGAGUCGGACCAUGUCCACAUCGGGUAGCCCACACUCACCCGUGGUGCCACGGGUCCACCAGAUUCGCGCGGAAGAAAUGGAAGGCAUCGCGAUGCGCGAAGCGUUGCAGGAGCGCGAGCUGACGUCCAAGUUGGCCAUAUCGCAGUCCUGGGACGACCUCAGCAUCGAUGAACAGCCGUCACCCUCGAGUCCGGCUGGUCAACGUCGUCUGCAUUCACCGAUAUUCAACUGCCCCUCACCGAAUCAUCAGGCCCCUUCGCCGAAGCAGUGUUACUCUCCAUCGAUCCGCCAGGCCAUGAGGGCUCCGUCAUCGCCUUCGCCUACCCGCGUACAGAGGCAUCGCUCCCAGAGUCCUCAUUUAUUGUUACGACCGUCGUCGCUGGGCGCUGUCAAGAGGAAACUCAGCUCCGAUUCCGAUCAAGAAGCGGACAGGGCAAAAAGGCUCUUGACGCUCGAGGAGAAGGAAAUGAUUCUCCAAGUUUCCCCCACUGAUCACAGUUGAGCGUGCGUCCCCGCUCGUCGGCUCGCUUCGAUUCGCCCGCAUAUGUCGCGCGAGCCGUAUGCAGCCGCGAGCGACGACUCUCCAUGUUAACCAAAAACCCCGAAAGCGGACUCGAGAGACCUCGCCGUCCGCGUUGUGUAGAAACAAGGCUCUUGUGUAAAUUAUAUCAAUAAUAAUAUCAUCAUCAUUUUAUACUAUGAAUAGGAGAUGUAUAAUUCCUCGGUAGGUGUAAAUAAAUGGAAGCUAGUGAUUAGAACGAGUGGAGCGAGGACACUGCUUACCCAACUCGGACUCUGUCCCGGACCCUCCCUUAUGUUAUCCCCACUGCAAUCGUUUCCCACGUCACGGGUUCGGUGGAGAAGACGCAUCGAGUGAAGUUUGGUCUCUUAUCAAUAGAUAUUCGUGUCCGGAGGCGUGAUCGCAAAUUCCCUCGGACAAUCUCGUUGAAUUCUUGACUCUCACCUAGAUAUCGAGCGUUUACCUCAUCCAUCGGUCUUCUCAGGAACUGGGGAAGGCCGCGAAGAUGAAUUGUUGUUUUUCAUAGAGAACCAGCCAGGGUCUAAGUAAAUGGAAUAAAAACGCAAACAUUGCUACUGUUUUAAUGUAUACAAAAGCA